AUGUCAUGGCUGAAAAAGCACAAUCCCCAAAUCUCAUGGGAGAAACAUACACUUGUUUUCAACUCGUCAUAUUGUUCCAAUAAUUGCCUGUCUGUACCUGCUGUCUUAGAACUCAAGGCAGUAGAAGAAAUACCACUUCCUUAUCAAGGAUUUUCCAAGGUCUUCUCUGAGGAAGAAUCAUCCAAAUUGCCGCCCCACCGUCCUUACAAUAUUGCUAUUGAGUUACUCCCUGACGCAAAACCCCGGCAUGGCCCCAUAUAUAGUCUAGGCCCCAGGGAAGAUGUGGAACUUAAGGAAACCAUUGAGAAACAGCUCAAGGCUGGACUGAUUUGUCCAUCUAAGUCCCCUAUGGCAUCUCCCAUAUUAUUUGUCAAAAAGAAAAAUGGGAAACUGCGUAUUAUGACCAAAAAGAACGUGUACCCCCUGCCCUUACUGCAAAACCUCAUUGAAAAACUACAAGGCGCUAAGAUCUUUAGCAAAUUUGAUCUUAAAUCAGGUUAUAAUUUAGUCCAAAUCAAAGAAGGCAACAAAUGGAAAACAGCUUUCAAAACAAAAUAUGGACUAUUUGAGUACUUGGUCAUGCCAUUUGGGCUAACAAACGCGCCGGCAGCGUUCCAGGACAUGAUGAAUGAAAUAUUUAGGGAUCUAUUAGAUGUCUAUGUCAUCAUUUACUUGGACAACAUCUUAGUUUUCUCCCUGAAUGAGAAAGACCAUGAAAACCAUGCUUGGGAGGUACUCAGGAGGUUACAAGAGAAUGACUUAUUCUGUAACAUUGAAAAAUGUCAUUUCCACGUCAAAAGGAUCGAUUAUUUAGGGUUCAUUAUAUUGGAAUCCGGCAUUGAAGUUGAUCAAUCUAAAGUCACAGAUGCCAUGAACUGGUCAACACCUAAAAACGUCAAGAACAUCCAAGAAUUUUUAGGAUUUAAAGAUAGCCUAUGGAAAUGGGAAUCAGUGGAACAAAAAUCUUUUGAUGGUCUUAAAAAAUGUCUUACUUUGGCACCCUUACUUUUGCAACCUGAUACCACAAGACAAUUCUAUAUAGAAUGCAACGCAUCAGACUAUGCAACAGGAGCCAUAUUAUCCCAACGCAAUCCUGAAGGGAAACUGGCCCCUGUAGCCUACCUAUCAAAAUCCCUUUCCCCUGCCAAAAAAAACUACAAUAUUUUUGACAAAGAAUUGCUAGCAGUCAUUAGGGCAUUUAAAGAAUGGCGUCAUUUGUUGGAAGGAUUGGAAUUACCAGUUCAAGUUUUAACGGAUCAUAAGAACUUGGAGUACUUUUCCACGUCUCAAUCUCUGAAUAAACAACAAAUCAGAUGGGCCAAUUUCUUAGUUGACUAUAAUUUCCAAAUCAUCUACAGACCUGGGGCACAGAAUAAAAAGGCAGACAUCCUCUCACGACGCUAUGAUUUAGAAAUUAAUGACCUAAUUGGCAAAGCAAUUUAUGAGGACAAACAUCUUAAAGAAAUCUUGUACAAGCUUCAGAACAAGGAAAAGGUCAUAAAUUGGGAAUUAAAAGAGGGCUUACUAUGGCACCAAGGGAAAAUCUUUGUACCAAAGGACAACAUCAUCAGGAACCUCAUUGCGGAAUCUAGGCACAAUGCAUUAGCAGCAGGGCAUCCAGGACAAGCCAGAACAUUGGAACUUGUAUCAAGAAGUUAUUACUGGCCAUCCAUGAAAAAAUUCAUCAAUUCCUACGUCAGUCACUGCAAAACUUGCAUCAGGUCCAAGCCAACAAAUCAAUUACCUGUAGGCCUGUUAAAACCAUUGCAAAUUCCUGAACGGCCCUGGGAAGACAUUGCUUAUGAUAUGAUUGUGGGACUACCGGUUUCAGAAGGCUUUGAUGCUAUCCUGACAGUGAUUGAUUGA